AUGGGGGAUAGUAAAGAGUGGGAAAAGGAAAAAAUUUAUGAUCGCCAAUUGAGAUUAUGGGGUGUGAAAGCUCAGAAUCGUAUGAUGAAAUCAAAUGUAUUAAUUAUUGGGUUGAGUGCUAUUAAUAUAGAAAUAUGCAAGAAUUUGAUUUUAAAUGGUAUUAAUAUAACAAUAAUUGAUGAUAAUAUAGUAGAUGAAGAAAUGAGGGAAAAUGUUUUUUUUCUUGAUGAAUCUGACAACGGUAAAUAUGUUUGUUUAUCAAUUUUUAAGGAGUUAAAAAGUAUAAAUCAAUUAAUAAACAUUAAUGCAUAUAUAGGUAGAAUAGAUAUUGUAAAUGACAAAAUUGUUCUUGAUAAACACUUAAUAUAUAAAGAAGAAGGAAUAGAUAAUAAAGAAAUAAAUGAAUGUUUUAGUAUAAAUAAUUUUAUAAAUAAUUAUACUUCUGUAUGUAUUUCAUGUGAAGAUUAUCCAUUAUAUAAAUUAAUAAAUAUAAAUGAAAUUUGUCACAAAAAAAAUAUUGGUUUCUUUGCUCCUAUGUGUAAUGGGAAAUUUGCAUUUUUAUUUUCCGAUCUUGGGAAUCAUGCUAUAGAAGAAUCUUACUAUAAAACAAAAAAAAAUAUUGAAGAAAACAAUAAAUUUACUGAAAUCAAAUAUUGUAGAUUAUCUCAUUUUUUAAAAGUAUCUUUCCAAAAUUUUCAUAAAAAAACAAAUCAUAUAAUUUUUUAUAUGUUUGCCUUGAUACUAUUUGAGCAGCAUAAAGAAUUCAAUAAAAGCAAAAAAGAAAUUGAUGAAAAAGAAUUUUAUAAUUUUUGUAAUAAAUAUGAACUUAAUAAUGAUCAAACUUUAAAAGAAAUUUCAAAAAUGUAUAAAGUCACAUUUUCUCCUUCCUGUUCAAUAAUGGGUGGCAUAACCGCUCAAGAAAUUCGAAAGUUCGUAUCAAAGCAGCACGAGUCAAUACCAAAUUUUUGUGUUUUUGAUAUGAAUCAAAAUAUUGCUUGUACAGCUAUGAUUUCAUGA